UAUUUCUACAUAAUGGCCUAUGCCAAAUCCAGAUGCGAGCACUAUUUGCAACUGGAAGAUAACAUCGAGGCUGUUGCCGCUUACGACCGAGUAAUCUUUGGAUACAUCACUAUGAAGCAAGGAAAGGACUGGUUUGUUAUGGACUUCGCCGACAUGGGAAUCACAGGAACGCUCUUCAGUGCUGAUAGUCUCAACUACAUGACCACCGCCUUGGCUAUGUACUAUCGCUUCAAGCCGGUGGAGUGGAUACUAAAAGAUAUUCUCAGAAAUCAAUACUGCAAUCCCGAAAUGGGUGACAAAGCUUGCGCGCAGGUGCAGUUCAAACAAAAAAUUGAGAAUUGGAAUCAAUCAGGGUUGAUGCAUAUUCUAGACCAUCUCGUCGCACUGCAUUUCAUCUGGAUCGUCACAAUUCCAGCAUCGCGACGUGAUCUCUUCUUUGAAGAGUAA